GGAGGAGGGGGAAAAACGAUCUGCCUUUAGGUAAACAUUUCUAAGAAAUGAGGCAGUAAAGCCCUGAAAUAAUCAGAAUAAAUUUGAGAGAAGAGACGAUCUGCAUCCAUCUGCUGAGAACAUGAAGAUGAAUCGUGUGGUUUUGGUCCUGGGCUUCUUCCUGAUCAUGGCGCUCGACUCAGACGCUAAGCCUGAAGCUGUCGGACUGCCUAAGGCUUGCUGCUUUAAGUUUUUCCCCGGCAAAAUUCCUCCCCAAACAAUCCUGGAGGUUAAAAAGACCGACUCACGCUGCCCACAGCAAGGCUUCAUUGUUACUACUCAUGAGUUCCUCACAAUGUGUGUCCGUAAGCUCGAAGUCACCGAAUAAGCUACAGUACGCAUUAACGCCGCAACUGAGACGCAACACGUACGCACCAUUCAUGAUGAUGGUCGUGGAUGUUAUUGAUGCUUAACGCAAUGCAGAUUCAAAUAAAGUCAUAACGCAUC